AUGAAGAAACGUAUUUUUUGCGCAUCGAUCAUCGGCAGCAUUUUUAUUGCUGUUAAUCGCACUUAUAAAUACUUAACAUUACGUGCAAAAUUUCCAAGAAAUGAGCCAGUUAACAAUAUUUCGAUGUCCUUCGCCUUGCUACGAAAAGCUAAUGGCUAUAAACCUUUUUUAUAUAAUUUCACCAUCGACGCAUGCAAAUAUAUAAAGAAACGCAAUAAUCCUGUUGUUAAAUACUUUCACAGCUGGUUCGAGAAAUAUUCGACCAUAAAUAGAAGUUGCCCAUAUGGACCGCAAGAUGAAAUCGUUGAUAAACUACCUCUGGGUCACAUCAAUCACAUGGCAACCGAAGUACUGCCAGUGCCAACGGGCGAAUAUGUUUUUCACACCACUUGGAUUUUCUACCAAAUAAAAAAUCUGUGGCAUCCUUGGAAGACAACACUGGGCGGACCACUGGCGCAAUACACUGCUGGUAAAAGUGGUCGAAAAUUCGACUUGCAGAAUGCGCUAUCUGCAGCGGCCACUUGCCCGUGA